AUGGGUUUUAAGUUUCAGCAUCUGUGCGAUCUGCUCUCAUCGCUCGAGAACAAUCGAAUCCUCAAAGCUGCCACACACUCCCGCUCCACAGAUCCAGAUGCCCGCAUCGUCAGCUUAUGGUUCAGACAACAUGCCAAGCGGCUUCGCAAAGCAGACACAGACCAGCUCGCCGUCCUAUCAUGUCUAUUUCCAGAGAAACGGACAGACAGGGUAUACAUGCUGCAAGAUGUCUCCCUGUCGCGAGUUAUCGGACGAUGUUUACUCCUUGGAUCCUCUCGUCGCGAAGAACUCGAAAAAUGGCGCGUGUCAGGGGGCGCGGAUCUCGGGCAAUGCGUGGAAAACGUCAUGAAGCAAGCUGAAAACCAGAUCUUCGACGGUCAAGAAGUCACGGUGGAAGAGAUCGAUUCCGUGUUGGCGCAGAUCGCGUCGCGGAGCAGGUUCUCGGGCCCGAGGGUGCGUCGACAGCGAACGGCCGUGGAUGUCGAGGAGGCGCUGUCGCCGAUCUAUCGCCGGCUGGGGAGCCGGGAUGCGAAGUGGUUGACGCGCAUGAUACUGAAGUGUUACUAUCCGGUUGUGGUGCCCGAGGGGGUGGCGCUGAGGAGUCUUCACUUCCUCUUACCGCGGCUGCUCCUGUUUCAGAAUUCGUUCGAGGCAGCGUUGAGCAUGCUCAGGACGGAGCCGUUGUCGUAUUUCCCUGCGCAUCCGGAACCGGGCCAGGCGACAGAUUUGGGCGCGAUAGGCCUGAAGCAUUUGUAUCCGGUGACCGGGGUGAAGAUUGGACGUCCGGAUUAUUAUAAAGCUCGCAGUAUUAAACAUUGCUGUCAGAUGAUUGAUGGUCGACGGAUGAGUAUAGAGAAGAAGUAUGAUGGGGAAUACUGUCAGAUUCAUAUCGACCUCUCGAGACCUCACGACCCCAUACAAAUCUUCUCCAAGAGUGGGAAGGAUUCCACGGAAGAUAGGGCUGGCAUUCAGGAAGUUCUCAAGGAUUCUCUGAGAAUGAAGACGCCGGACUGCAAGUUCUCGCGCCGGUGUAUUGUGGAAGGUGAGCUGGUUGUAUGGAGUGAUGCGCACCGUAGAAUCAUGGAUUUCCAUAAGUUGCGUAAAUUUAUCUCUCGGUCUGGCACCUUUAUCGGCACGGAAAAUGAUUCGCAACCGCACCCUGAUGAGCAUUUGAUGAUUGUCUUCUUUGACGUCCUACUACUUGACGACGAUGUUUGCCUGCGAAAACCCCAUCGAGAGAGAAGGCUACUUCUCAAAAGCCUGGUCAAACUCAUCCAUGGCCGCGCUGAUAUAGCUGAACAGCGUGUCCUAGACUUUUCACAUCCCGGAAGUCAGUCUCGACUUGAGGCGCUUCUCGGGAAAGGCAUCGCUGAGCGAUGGGAAGGGUUCGUUUUGAAAGGCUGCGAGGACCCUUACUUCACCUUUGCUUGGGGAACAAACGCCUCCUCCGGCCGAUGGAUUAAGCUGAAGAAAGAUUACAUUCCAGGGCUCGGUGAUACAGUCGACUUGACGAUCAUCGGUGGAUCAUACAACGCUCGAGAUGCUGUCGCGCUCAGAGAGCGCCAUAAAGAGAUACUGUGGACACACUUCUUCAUCGGAUGUCUUGUCAACAAAGACAGCGUACUGCAAUCUAUGGUCAAGCCGAGGUUUCGAGUGAUUGACGUGAUCGAUAGGAAUGGCAUCAGUCCGCAAAACAUGCAAAUCCUCAAUCAAGUUGGCGAGUUCAGUGCCUGCGCAGCUGACUCGGAUCAUCACGGGUUUGAUAUAGAAUUCGGGCAUGGUGGCCUGCCUAGUAUGGCUACCGUAUUUAAGAAGCCAUUUAUCGUCGAAAUGCUAGGCGGUGGGUUCGAAAAGCCUUCCAGCGCCAGAUAUUUCACGCUUCGGUUCCCCAGGAUCCUGAAGAUUCAUUCAGAUCGGUCGUUCGAAGAAGCAGCCUCUUUCACAGAACUGCAGCUUCUAGCGGAUGAAGCUCGAGCCAUCCCAUCUGAGGAACUGGCACAGGAACAGCAAUGGUCAAAACGAUUGAAGCUGGGCGAUGGGUCAUCUAAGUACAUAGUUGAUCGUUCACAAAGCAUGGUCUCGACGACUGCCUCGUCGUCUCCGCCAGCUUCGUCCGCGUCCGCGGCUGUGUGUGACCCAAGACAAUCGGGAGUCGCAUGCCGUUCAGGUACAACCCAGAUCCCGAUCUAUGUUGAUACCUCGAGGUCAUCCAGUCCACGGUCUGAUGUAUCCGAACCCGCUGGCCAUUUCCUGACCAGCACUGAGAAUCUUCCAAACCAACAAAAAGACUUCACAGCUGCAUCAAGAUCAAACAUGGAUCCCAAAUCCACUCUACGUUUACGGCACCCUGAGUAUCCUACAAACCCCGGCCUCUCGAUCGAGUUCAAAGUACGCAGCAAAGAGCCAAAGUUAUUGGGAAAAGAAGUACCCAAGUCCAAGACUCUAUCUAACGUUCCUCACGCCUCCAACACGCACUCCAAAAACCCCUUAUCCACCAUCCCAAUAUACCUCGACGGCCCUCUCUACAAGAGUAGGGACAAAGACGAGACCAUCCUCGCCACCACACUCACCACAACCUCUUCCUUAAUGACAUUCCUGCAAACCAUCCAAUCUCAACCCGCAAAGUCUCAAGGCCUUGUUCUUCUCGACACCCAAAAGACACCCCUAGGUUCAUUCAUCCUGACACUCACCAAGACCCUCCAUCACCAACUCCUCCAUACCCACUCUUCACCCGGCAAGAUCUUAAUCUUUGACUCUGCGUUUCUCGAAAUUCCGGCCUCAGCAGAUGAUACCAUAUUCAGUCUCAGCGAAGCAUGGUCGGGUAUCGCGCGGGAGUAUUUCUACGCAUGCGUGAAAUGGAAUACGGAUACAGUUGGUGCUGGUUUUCCAGGAACGGGCCGUAGAAUGAAAGAGAAGAACAGAGCGAUGGGGAAGGAAGGGUAUUCGGAUGGGAUCCUAUCCUGUUCGGAAAUUCUUUGCACGCCUAUGCCCACCGCAGCUCAGACACGGCCAGGACCGAAACUUGACGAUCCAGGCGCGGAGAACGGUGCCAGUACUAGUACCGUUCCUUGUGGGAUGGAAGGAGAUAUACCCAGGUUCUCUAUCUGUAUCUCAUUUGAUAGAAGUGAGGUAUCUUGUUUGGGUGAGUUUGGAGUCUCCUGA